GGCGAGCAGUGUAUGGUAGAGUACUGCACAGCAGUCACCGUCGCCGUUCGCGUUUCCAAAGUAUAAUAAUUUUGGAUUCACCGCGCUCGCUCCCUCGGUGACAGAAUUAUUGAAUCGUAUCAUCCAGCCGCGCAUGUCGUCCAACACUAAUUACCAUCGCCGUAUUAUAUGCGUAUGUCUGUUUUUCUCACCGACUUAUGGUCGCGUACGAUAUGACAAAACACGAUAGAGACCAACAACGGCGACGUCGCUGCGACAGCAAAGACUUCGCAGUCUUCAUUUCGUCGACAAUCAAAAUCGCGACAGCCACGCCCGCAGCGGUGUGCAUAGGGGCUGCAAUGCUGCAGCAGGCCAUACCGGAAGAACGGCGGAUUAUAUUGUUAUAAGAUGAACGACAACCGCGAAAAGUCGUAUACGCACAAGCACGUUAUACGAUUCGGCGACAUCGUACAACGAUACAUAUGGUGUACUGCAGCAGCUACGUCACGGGGCUUUGAGUGAGUGCCGCCGCGGCUGCAGCGAUUAGACGUCCGGUCGGCCACCCGGUGAUGGGGCAUCACAAUCACAAUAUCACCGUCGAGUCGGCAACCAGCGCGUACGUACCACCACCACCUGCAGCACAGCCUCGUUCGUCACCGGCCAUCGCAACUCACCUGCGGGACGUGAUCGGCGCCACCGCUGUGGCCGGCUGCAACCUGCGGCACAACAACGCCAACGCCAACAGUAGCGGCGGCAUCGGCGUCCGUGGCGCCGGCAAUUGCACGGGCGCAACCGGUGCGGUGACAGCCGCGAUGCAGAACGGUACGGCCGCGCCGGACCGGUCGGCCAGCGACUACUAUUACUAUUACGCGUACGACAACGCCACCGAGACGGCGCUGUUCUUCCCGCUCAACGGCUCCGCGGCCGGCGGACCGACGGCACCGUUCGAGAAAUCCAACUGCCAGUGGAUACCCGCCCAGCAGAGCCUGUUCCAGUUCUCUAACAUAUGUUUCCUGACCGCUUUCAUCGUUCCUAGGAGUUACAAGCUCAGCGUGUUGUCACUGAGGGCACUGCUGUUCUUAGGGUUUCUGAUCUCGGGUCUUUGGGCAUCCACGGACGUGUGCGCGGCGGAUGCUUUACUCUGGUACGGACUACUAGCCUUGAUCAACGGUGUGCACACGCUUAAACUGUGUAAGAAGCUCAUGCCGCCUGCGCUAUCAGUAGAAUUAAUGGAAUUGUAUUUGCGGGUAUUCAAGCCGCUCAAAGUCAGUCAAAAACACUUCCGGGAGCUAACACGAGAGGCGGCUAUCGAGGAAUUGUCACCAGGCGAGUGUUACGCAGUCGAGGCGGUGACAGCCUGUGACCAACGGUUGUCCAUUCUACUCAGAGGCAGGUGUAGUGUUACUUGCGAAGGUACACAGUUGCACAAUAUCAGUUCGUAUCAAUUUAUCGAUUCACCUGAAUGGAUGGCUUCAGCUCUAAUGCACGGAGAAACUAUGUUUCAAGUAACAAUAACGGCUGCUGAAGAUUGUGUUUACUUGUGUUGGCAACUUUCAAAGCUCAAUCGAAUAUUUAAACACCGAACCCAAUUGCACGCUGUACUUACUAGCAUCAUAGGCAAAGACAUAACGCACAAAAUGUACUCAUUAAACGAGCAGCUAGGUCAAGCAAAAAGUUUCGAUGAUCAGACGCGUGCUGCGCGUAACGAUCAUUGGCGACAAGCGAUUUACAGGAGCGUUAGCUACGACGCCGUCAACACGGGAACCAAAGGAACGGUCAGAUCAAAUGCUUGGAAACGAUAUAGAGACCGAAAAGCGUCGUUGUUCGCGGAUCCCGGAGAAAGUCCGGUGCAUGGUCCGCGGAGGUGUUGGAUACCGGUGUUGACCACGCAGCUUUCGGACAGCACCACGGCGUACGCCAGUAUGGACGGGCAAUCGUCUUCGGCGGACGAGGAACGCGAACCGAUGCUCCCCAGGGACCACCAGCCGGGCGACAUACCGCUGUAUCGGUUGGACGGGCAGCACCAGUCGGCCGCCGCGUUGGCGUUGAUACCGACGAUUGUGGCAGAGGCGGUUGGCCUAGAGCUCAACGCGGACACUGCCCUGCAACGACCACGGCGGCCUGGCUCAUUGCGGCGUCACAGCAGCAACACAAUCAACAGGGAAGUGAUAUUCGACGAGACGGUACUCUAAACGGCGUACACAAAUUUUUGUCAUUUUAGGACUCGGGGAUUAUUGCAUUAUUGCAUUUGUGUUUUUUCAAUAAGCAAUUUUGUGAAUUUAUUAUUAUGGUUAUACCUAAAAAUUGCAAUUUAUCACACAUUUUUCUGGCAUAUAUUUUUGAAUUAAUGAAUAUUGUGAUAAAAAAUAAAAUCUAAAAACACGGGUGGUAAACCUUAAUCUAAUAUUAUUACUAUUAUUAGUGAUACCUAUUAUAUAAGAUUUUCAUAACAUGAAUUUAUUUAUUCAAAUGCAAAUAUGUGUCUUUUUUCAUGGAGAGGCUUUAACAUUUUUAGAAUGGGUACAAAAUAACCUCAAUAAUCAAAACUGGCAAGUUAGUCAUUCUUUUCAGCUAUGUACAUUUAUAUAAGUAUAUAACUACUAAUAAAGUUAGAUAGGAUAUAAGUUGGUUUCUAAAAUUCCUCAGAUGUCUAUCUUAGUUACAUGUAUUUUUUUUGUUUAGUUUAAAGUAGGUAUAAAUUUGAUUAAUUAAAUUGAAUAAACGGCAGUAGCAAUAAAUUUUGUUUGACAGCAUUUUAUAGUCACCAUGAUGGAUCCACUAACUAGUAACUACCAAGAUAGAAUAAAUAUUAUUUGACUUACUAUAAUCAUAUUUAUUAUAACAAAUAUAAUACGAUAAGAAAUAUAACUGUUUUCAUAAAAUACUAUCAACUAUAAAAAAUUAUAGAUCAAUGAUUAACAGUUACCUAUGUUAUGGGACAUUUGGAUUUUAACCGUUACAAAAAUAACUACCUAGCUAGUUACUCUGACAAUAAUUGAUGGAAAAAACAUAGCAAUUCAGUGCUCUUCAAAGCUUAACUAUCAUUAUAUUUCAAAACAAUUGUUAUAAUUUUUGAUUUUUUCUUGUUUCCAACGCAAAAUAAUUAAUUUUAUGUUUCCAUAUUAUUCUUUUAUAAUAAAAACUACUGCCAGUUUUGUUUUGGAAAGUAUCGUUAUAAUGAAAAAAACCUUUAAUGCUUUAUUGCCUUGAUGACAAACAUAAAUACAAAAUAUUCAAUUGUCAUUUUUUUUACAAAAAUAUCCCCAAAUUUAAAGUCAUUUGUUAUUAUCACUUCUCGAGCCUUAUAAAUUACACAUUUACAUUACAUUAAUUUGACGAUUGCUGUUUUUAAUAAUAUUAAUGUAAUUUUACUAAAUGCAUGUAGAUAAUAAUUUAUUGUUCUCGUAUGCCUGAGAAUAUUGUUACCUGUCUUAAGUAAGUUAACUGCAGAUUCUAAUGUUAAGAUAUGCUAUAUAAUAUAAAAUAUAUAGUUACUAUAAUAAUAUUAACACCAGUUACUGCUAUUAGUUAUUACACUAAUAAAUAAUAAUGAAAACAUGAUGUAUAAUAUUACGAUAUUAUUUUUAUUAUUGACGAGUAGAGAGAAGUAAUGUAACUUGUAAAAUAGGUAAUGAUAAAACGAAAAAAUAAUUAAUUUAUUAAUUAUGCUGGUGCAAUUUGAUAAUACGCCCAAUUGAAAACAUACUUAUUUUUUUUUUUUAUAAUCAACAACCUUUUAUACUAUGAUGUAGCUAAUGGUUUUUAUUUUCGUAAUUCUGAAAUUCAGAACAAAUUAUGUUCCUAAAUAAUUAUUUAACUUGUACAAAGUUAAGAAAGUGAAUAUUUUCAAAUCAAAUACCUGCAAUUGGUUAUAUUUUUUAUUUUACCAAAUGCCUGGCUAUCGCGCAAUUUUCAAAACGAAUAUAAAGUCUUACUAAAUGUCAACGAAUUACCUAUGAGAUUUACAAUUGACAGCGAUUCAACUAUAAUAAGAAUUUUGAUAUUUAGACUAAUUAAGUAAAAAUAACAAUAAUUGUAAAAUAAUGGUAAUGCACAGUGCACACUAAUCAAAAUCAAUACAAUUAUAAGAUUUAAAUAAUAAUCACUUACAAUAAAUUAUUGCAUUUUUUUUAUGUAUAUAGAAACAAUAGACACUUACUUCUUCUUAUUUUUUAUUGAUACCAUGCAUACAAAGCUGAUCAGUUAAAUGCAAGACAAUCGCAACAAAUGGAUUUCCCCCUAUGUACAAGUUAAUUGUUGGCGAUAAUAUUUUAUUUUUAAAUUUAAUAUUUAAUGUUUUUACAAACUGUGUUUAACUUAAAAUUAAAUAUUUUGAUGACUAAUCCUUAAACUACUAGCGCCGAGCGCUUAUAAAUUAUAUUUAACGGUUUUUAAUAAUACUUAGAUAUAAAACAAAAAUUACCGGUGUCACUUAAUUAUUGUUAAAUAUUUUAAUGAACAACUUUUUGAUAAGUUAUGUAUUAUUUUAGCUUGUGUGAUUACCAGACACCAGUUAAAUCAAAUAUAUUUAAUUAACAUUUUAAAUCAAUCAUUUUGUUAAGUUUUUUUAGAUUAUUGACAUAAUGUAUAAUUGAAGUAAAAUGUCUUGUAUAAUAUAUAAUAUACAAAUUAUUAUCUGCUAUAAAAAUAAAAAUAAUAUUUCAUAUAAAAUGCUUUUUAGUUAAAUAUUAAAUAGUAUACACAAUAUUUAUUAUUUUGUUAAGCAUAUAUUAUUAAAAUAGUUUGAGUAGCCGUGUAUUAUUAUAAUAUAUUAUGUUGCUCUGUUUAAUAAUAUAUUUUAGAAUUUAAAAAUACUAUUAGGAAAAAUGUUUUAAUGGUAUUUUACAGUGUGUUAUUAUAUUGAGGCUCAUCUUUCUAUACAUAUAAACAUUAUCCUAUAUUGCUACACAACUUUUAGGCAAUCAUAAUGAGACUAUUAUUAAUAAGCACAGAUUUCAAUUAGACAGAAAUAACAGUGGAAUGAUAAUAUUGUAUUAAUUCUGCUCACAAGCAAAAAGCUUGAUCAUUUAAUAAUUUUUAAAUGUAUAAAGAUGAACUAAAAUUGGGAAAUGUUAUCGCUAUUAAAUACUAAAGGUUACAAAUAUAUGUGUGUGUGUGUGUGCAUUUUGAAAUAUUUUGAAAUUAUGAUAUUGGAUUACAAUUAAUAACAAAUUAUUGAAUUUUUAUUAAUGUGAUUAUUUUUUAAAAAAACAGCUUUUUAUAAACAAAAUGUUUUGUAUACAUUAUUUUCAUAGAAUUGAUGGAUAAUAGAAAAAUUUAAUGUGUUAUAAAUUAUAAUCGUUGAAUGUUAUUAUUAGAGUUAAUAAAAUUAUAUUGAUAAAAACAAAAA